AUGUUGACCCCUUGCACAAAUAAUCAUUGUCUGCGGGCCGUGACACGUGACCUUCCCGCCUUUCUUCCUCUCGUCAUGCUUGCUGCGCCGUCGCCAACGUCGACGCCAGUCCCUGAGGAAGAGGAGUACUACUCAUCGUGGUCCCUCUUUCUUGUAUGUCUACUUCUCAUUCUCUCGCUAUGGACAAGCUACUAUCUCCAAAUAAAACGCAUACGCGCAGUUCAUGAGACGGGCGUAUCGAUUAUUGCUGGAAUGGUAGUGGGGCUCGUGGUUAGGCUGGCGCCGGGGAGUAUGAUUAAGGAGAUGCUGACGUUUAAGCACACACUAUUCUUCAACCUCCUUCUCCCACCAAUAAUCCUCAACUCCGGCUAUGAGCUCAAGCAAGAGAACUUCUUCCGCAAUUUUGGCUCGAUCCUCACUUUCGCCUUUCUUGGCACGUUUAUAUCGGCAGUCGGCGUCGGGAUUCUCGUGUAUGUUUACUCGUUCCUGGGACUUGAGUCACUAGAAUUUGGCCUUGUCGAAUGUCUCAAGUUUGGUUCUACACUCUCUGCCACUGACCCGGUGACUAUCCUCGCCAUAUUCAAUCAGUAUAAAGUGGAUCCAAAACUUUAUACUGUUAUAUUUGGAGAGAGUCUGUUGAACGAUGCUGUCAGUAUCGUCAUGUACGAGACACUGACGCAGUUUCACGGCACAGAAGAGAUUUUCAUCAGCUCGAUCUUCAAAGGCAUCGGAAUUUUCUUGCUGUCCUUCAGCGUGUCGAUGGCGUUGGGUGUGGUCUUUGGACUUGGAAUGUCACUCCUUCUCAAACACUCUGCCCUCCAUCUCUAUCCCUCUAUCGAAUCCUGCCUCGUUGCCCUUUGCGCGUAUACGUGCUACUUCUUCUCCAAUGGCUUGUCCAUGUCUGGAAUCGUCUCCCUUCUCUUCUGUGGGAUUACCCUCAAACACUACGCCUACCACACGAUGUCCCGUCGCACCCAGCGCGCAACAAAAUACAUCUUCUCGACUCUCGCCCAGAUUUCGGAAAACUUUAUUUUCAUCUACCUCGGAAUCGCGCUUUUCACCUCUGCCCCAACCAACGAGCGUGUUACGAGCUAUGUGAAGCCCAUUUUCAUUACGAUCACCACGGUCGCAGUCAUCUUCACCCGCUAUGCGGCAGUAUUCCCGUUGUCGGAAGCGAUCAACUUUUUCCACCGCCAUGUUCGGGGCCAAAGACAGGAAGAGCUACCGCACUCGUACCAAAUGAUGCUCUUUUGGGCCGGUCUUCGAGGCGCUGUGGGAGUUGCACUUGCCGCUGGAUUUACUGGCGAGAACGCCCCAACGUUGAGAAUGACAGUGCUCGUUGUGGUCGUUUUGACAGUAUUACUGUUUGGUGGGACGACUGCGAGGAUGCUUGAAGUGUUGGGCAUUCGGACCGGCGUCGAAGACGAGGCAGCGAGCAGCAGUGACGAAGAAGACCACGGACCCAUGCGGUCUGGAGGGAGAAGGGGUCCUGGACGGUGGAGUCGUUUUGUUGACGAGGAUCCAAGUUAUCUCGCGAGACCAUUUGUGGGCACUCGAUAUGCGUACAAUCAUCACCAACAGGAACAGCCGUAUUCAACAGAACACGGAAAUGGGGCUACACCGACCGGUGGUGCGGCUCAAGCUGCGAGGGGCGGAGUGUUUUCUUCUGCCUCGUCGGACUCUUACGAUUCUGAUGGAGAGGUAUUGCCACUUGCGACAGCAGCACCUGCAGCAACAGGCAAUGGAUCCGCCCAGACUCCUCGUGCUCCUGUGGCUGGAGAAGAUGGGAAAUGGUUCCAGGCGUUGGAUGAGCGAUAUCUUUUACCGCUAUUCUCGAAUGCCACGGCCAGUCGGACAUUCCACGCACGGAGAGCACGGAGGACAGCUUCUGGGCACGCGGUUGGGAGUGCGGGUGUAAGCGCGGUUGGGACUCCAGCAGGAAGCGACGACGAGGGCGGGGCAGAUGUGGAGUUUGAUGAUGGUGAGGUCGAGUUGGGCGUCCCGCUUGAUCAGCGACGGCCGCGACCUCAACAGAUCCAAACGCAGGGCGGGGCAGCGGGUUCGUUGGAGGAGAGCAGGAUGGAGAGGGGGUUGGCAUCGCCCAUGUUGAGGUCGAAUUCGAGUGGGGAAAGGGUAGAUUUGGAGAUGCGUUGA